UUUAAUCUAUGCUUUGGGAAGAAAUAGAGAGGUGGUACUACGUUAAGAUUAGCUGGGUAGAAAGUGUAUAAUGUGUCCUGUCACUUCUCUUUGGGGAACAGAGAGAGGGUUGCUUUAAUUUGGACGCCAGCCCCCUUGGUGGAGGAAAAAGGCGCACUUCCAUUGAAAAAAUCACCCGCUGCGCAACUGUUAUGAAGCUGUGAGUGGAGGAUACUGUUGUCUCAUCACCUCGGCUGCUGCUGUUGGAGCAUGAGGAAGCCAAUGCCACAGAAAGCUAUAGAGUGGAAAGAUGUCAGAAGGAUCAAACAUGCCCGUAGUGGACGACCCUCUCGGGCACCCUCACAGUAUCAAGGUCAUUUCAGUUGGGAGAAAUACCUCAAAGAGACGGGUGCCGCUGCUGCCCCUGCCUCUUGUUUUAGACAGAGCCUCACACCUCCAAUUAAUGAAUUCACGGCUGGCAUGAAAUUAGAGGCCCAGGACCCACGGAACACCACAUCUACCUGUAUUGCCACAGUGGUUGGCCUCACAGGUUCAAGGUUGCGUCUGCGCUUGGACGGGUCUGACAACAAGAAUGACUUCUGGCGUUUGGUGGAUUCAUCAGAGAUUCAACCUAUUGGUAGCUGUGAGAAGAACGGAGGCAUGUUGCAGCCACCUCUUGGUUUCCGCCUCAAUGCAUCCUCUUGGCCUAUGUUCCUUCUGAAAACUCUUAACGGGGCUGAGAUGGCACCGUCUCGCAUCUUUCACAAGCAGGAACCUCCUGCGCCAGAGCAGAAUUCUUUCCGUGUGGGCAUGAAGCUGGAGGCAGUGGACCGGAAAAAUCCCCAUUUUAUCUGCCCAGCCACAGUGGGUGGACUGCGUGGCGUUGAGGUGCUGGUCACCUUUGAUGGCUGGCAAGGAGCUUUUGAUUACUACUGCCGUUAUGACUCACGUGACAUCUUUCCAGUUGGCUGGUGCACCCUCACCGGGGACAACUUGCAGCCACCUGGCACCAAAGUACUGUUGCCUAAGAACAUCGGAACGUUGACAGACAGGAGUGUGGAAAGUCCAGCCAUGCAUCCCACCCCCACAGUGGGCAGACCUCCUGGUCAGAGAGGGCGUAAACCAGGGCGCCGGAAAACUAAGAUCGUGCCACACUGGAGCCAGAAGAGCUCAGCACUGGAACCAGAGAUCUUGCAACCGGGGAAAGACCAAGAGCCUGUCAAGAUCCCCAAGAAAAGAGGACCCAAACCUGGCCAUAAAUUGGGUUGGCCAAAAAGAACUGGUUGGUUAGAGGGGGCUAUGACUGGCCCAGGACGGCCAUUGCCAGGCCCAGGUCGACCCAGGGGAAGACUGCCUGCCAACUGGGCACAGAGGAUAGCUGUACAACAGGCACAGACUCAGGCAGAACCUAUAAAGAUCCCAAAGAAAAGAGGCCCCAAGCCUGGCAGCAAGAGAAAACCACGUGUGGUACCUAAUCCCAUCCCCACGUCUCCCACCAGCAGCACACCAGAGCCUGAUACCAGCACUGUGCCUCUGGACAAUGCCACCAUCCCCAGCACUGCACUACAAGCUCCCACAGUUUGUGUGUACCUAAACAAGUACGGCAAGGUGGGACCCCAUUUGGACCAACGACGUAUCCACAAGCUGCCCGACCACUUUGGACCUGGCCGGGCCUCCUCUGUGCUGCAGCAGUGCGUCCAGGCUUGUGUGGACUCUGCCUAUGACCAGCGCACAGUGUUCUCCUGCCUCAGAUCUGGCCAUGGCGGUGAAGUCAUCUCAGCGCACUUUGACCAGCAGCAGCACACCCUCACCCUGCCUACAGUCAGCAGUGUCACCUACGUGGUCCGCUUCCUGGAAAAACUGUGCCACAACUUGCAUUGCGACCCUCUGUUUGGGAGUCAGCCUGUAUCCAGUGGAAGCCUGCACUACGACACUCACACAUACACUACAGAGGGGAGAACUUUUGGAGUCAGCCUGAUGACAGGUGCAGUCCGAAAAAGAUUUCUCCAUGAUGCCUACAACACUUCACUACCCCAGAAACGGCCAAAAAUCAACCAACACUCCACUGAUGGUGAGUCCAUCAUGGAGAACAACAUUUCUGCAUCAGAGCACUUAAAGAAGGGUCACCUUUCUCCAAAGUCAGCAGGACAAACUGUUGGACUCGGGUGUCCCUCCAAGCUGUUACAUUACAACAACUUUACAUGUUCAGGCAAUCUCCGAGAAAGCCCCAGACCCAGCGGUCAGGACCCCAACCUGUGGACGGUACAGGAUGUCAUGCAGUAUAUCCGAGACAUUGACCCAGUGUUGGCCCCACAUGCAGACCUUUUCAGAAAACAUGAGAUUGAUGGCAAAGCACUUUUGUUGCUUCGUAGUGACAUGAUGAUGAAGUAUAUGGGUUUGAAGCUUGGCCCCGCCCUCAAACUAACCUUCCACAUCGACAAGCUGAAACGGGUUUGAUGUCAUCAGCUUUCCAACGAACGGCAUUGCAAUGUGCCUCCCUGAUGUAGGGGUCAGUAUAAAGUGUAUUCUUUAUAGAGGAUUUGCACGUGACGCCCACGCUCGUGUUUUUUUUUUUUUUGUGCCAUUUUUCCAAUGAUUUCCUCACAGCUAUUGCUGCUGAGGGAAUUUCAGUCAUAUGUAUUAAUGGGAGGAGUUCUUUUGCACUGUCAGCACACCAUCAAGGCCUGGUGAAAUUUAUUAUUCUAUUAUUAUU